GUGAAAAGGUGUUCAGACGACCUACACCGGUUGCACGAAAGUUCAUUUUGACUUUCGCGUUGUCGAAUUUGUAAUUUCAAAAUCGGGAAUUAUGGCAACGUCUGGAGCUUCAGCCUUACCAAACCAAGACGAAGUCGAAGAAGAUGCAUCGGAAUUGAAGUUUUCCAAAGAAUUUGAGCAAGCAGAAACGUUAUUGAACUCUGAGGUGCGUAUGCUCCUUGAGCAUCGGAAGCAGCAGAAUGAGAGCCAAGAAGAGGAACAAGAGCUCAGCGAAGUCUUCAUGAAGACUCUGAAUUACACUGAACGCUUCUCAAGAUUCAAGAAUAGGGAAACGAUAGCUGAUGUCAGAGGGCUCUUGCAGCAGCAGAAAUUGCACAAGUUUGAGCUGGCCUCCUUAGCCAACCUCUGUCCGGAGAAUGCAGAAGAAUCCAAGGCACUAGUCCCCAGCCUGGAAGGAAGAUUUGAAGAUGACGAACUGCAGGAGGUUUUGGACAACAUUCAGACCAAGAGGAGCUUCCAGUAUUGACUCCACUCUGCCACCUUCAGUGAACUUGAGCGUUGAUAACCGGGGAAUAAAUCCAGAGGGACACCUUUACUUGAACCCUCAGGGAAAUGCCCCCACCAGUGUUCCCCUAAUUUUCCACAAUUUGCUGUAAAUGUAAAUAUGGAGGAUACUUCAACAUGAGCACUGAUGAACGAUGCAUUUUCACAAACAUGUGCUCUGGUUCACAAGACAAAUUCACCAUUGUAAAUAUCAGUUAAAAGUGUAAAUAGUGUAGCAAGAGGUAUGUGUAGGUUGUGUCUGACAUGCAACUUUUCCUCGGAUAAGCUGUUUUUUGUAUUUUUCACUUAACUUUACUUAUGCCAUUGAAAUUUGAAAAACACUGUAUAAGGUCUUGUAAAGCUAGUUAUUCCCUUUUUGGUUGCUUCCCAGAAGAUCGCAAUUAGGGUCCAGCCACAAGUGUUGAAUAUGU